GAAGGUUAAAUAGCUGUUUUUUAACACUGAUAAUAACUCUAAAUGAUUGAUAAGAGUUAUCAAUUUGUAAACAAAGCAGAAAGUGAAAAUGACAACUUAAUUCUUGAUUGAUUUGUUUUUCAAGUCGAUCUCAAAUCGUAAUCCAAGGCCUAGAAGCAAAGAGAGGAGAUUGGAUGAAAUUGUGUUUUAUUUAAAGUGAGUUUAAUUGUGAGAAAUCUCCCCUCCACGCUGUGUUAAAUUUCACGUCCUCUCACGUUCACACUCACUCCUUCGCCACUGUACAGUGCGUGCACACGGCGGUACAACUCUCUGCGGAGUCACGGCCGUUAUGUGACUCGGGGUUCUUUCCUCAUAAUUUUAUGCUUCCUUUUUUCAACAUGGAAGGGAAAAAGUUGAUAAAAUCCAAGUCCGGGUUUAGGAUGGUCGCAGUCGACGAGACGAGGACGAGCCCACUAUUCAUCAACGAACCGCUAUGGACUCCGGACAAAGAGGCCACCAACUGCAGGCGAUGCUCUGUUAAAUUCGGCUUCACUACCAGAAAGCACCAUUGUCGUCGUUGCGGUUUUAUUUAUUGCAACAAAUGCUCCGAAAGGAUGCUCGACCUUCCGAGGAUGUGCUUCAUCGACCCAGUCAGGAUAUGUCUGAACUGCGAGGAAGAAACGAAACAGGAAAACCGUUUUUUCCAACACGACCUGAAAGUCUUGAUGAACGGCGCCUUGUUUAUACUCAACAACAACAAAUCGUCAGACCUUCUCCUCCACUGCAAACUUUCCCUGGAUCACAGGACCUUAGUGUUUGAAGGUUCUCAAUUAAAUCCAAUUUUACUGGACGAAAUCACCUACCUUUGCGUUGAAACGGAUCAAAAAUCAGGGAAAUCAAAUUUGGAGAUUACUUACACUGAAGAAGGACAAGUGGAAAAAAUAUCUUUUUGUACGACAAAGGAUAUUCAAGAGAGGCAAGCAGGGAAUGAAUGGAUGAAAGCCAUGAAACAGCUUGGUGCUUCUUGAAUUUAAUCAUUUUAAAGUAAGUUGACUCCACAAUUUAGUUUAUAUAAUUAUUAUUUAUGUAUUUUUGCUAAAUCAAUAGCUUUUUAUUUAAAAAGAAAUAGUACAGUACUGGUUUAUCUUUAAUUUGUAAAGCUAGUGUUUUUUUAAUUUGAAGAAAAAAAAGUUGACAAAUAAGUUCAUUCAGUUUUUUUGUACUACAAGUUUAGCUGCUUUUGUUGUAGCGCUACCGACUAAAGCUAUUGCACAGUUGAAAGAUUUCAGAAACAUUUUAGUAAGUUUUCUUUUUGAAAUAUUUCAGCCUGUAAAAUAUAUAAUAUAGUAAGGGACCGCGGUAGCCGAGUGGUUUGAAUGCUCAGCGUAAUAAACUCUCGGCUCUUAAACCCUUUGGUCAUGGGUCAAUUCCUGCUGUGACCCCUGCCAUUUUUUUUUCAUGCUACUCUUCCCCCAACUAUUUAUUAUGAAACAGACAAUGGAAUACAUCCUCUAGCUAAUAUAUGAGUCAUAGGGUCGUAAGGCAUUAAAAAAUAAAAUUAAAAUAAACAAUAAUAAAAGGAAAAAGCUGUCACUUGUGUUAUGAAUUUUUCAUAAUGAAAAGAAAUAAUAUGCUUUAUGAGGUCAGGCCAGAUUGUCUGAAGUUUUUUCUUUAGUAUGGAAUAUGGUGUUAGGCAGGGCUUCCCCCUAAGUCCUUUAUUGUUUGCUUUACUUUUAGACGACCUUCCCAGAUUUUUUUAGAAUACGAUAUAAAAAUAGGAAGCACCAUCAUAAAAAUUUUACUGUACGCAAAUGAUAUUGUAAUCCUGAAAAGAAAUAUUAAAUUAUUGGAAGCUUACUGUCAAUAAUGGAAACUAACUGUAAAUCUCAAAAAGUCAAAAAUAUUACUUUAUUUAGCUUUUUUGAUAGAUUCUAACGAUCAUGGGGGGGGGAGGUGUUAGGCAGGACUGCUCCCUAAGUCCUUUAUUGUUUGCUUUAUUUUUAGACGACUUUCCCCAGGUUUUUUGGAAUGUGAUAUAAAAAUAGGAAGGAAAAAAGGAGGAAGGAAAGGAAAAUAACUGUAAACCUCCAAAUGUCAAAACGAUUACUUUAUUUAACUUUUUAUUGAUUUUAACUAAUAUUUUCAUUAAUAACAAUAUUAUUAUUAUUAUAUAUUAUUUUGUAAUAGAUACAUAUGUAUAUGCAAUCCUGGUUUGAUGACAGAUUCUAAUGACCUUGAGGGUGGGGGAGGUGUUAGGCAAGGCUUCUCCCUAAGUCCUUUAUUGUUUGCUUUAUUGUUAGACGACCUUCCCCAGGUUUUGGAAUUCAAUAUAAAAAUAGGAAGCACCAUCAUAAACAUUUUUCUUUACACAGAAGAUAUUGUAAUCAUUGUGGAGAGCGCUUACACCCUGAAAAGAAAUAUUCAAUUAUUGAAAGCUUGCUGUCAAUAAUGAAAAUAACUGUAAACCUCCAAAAGUCAAAACGAUUACUUUAUUUAACUUUUUAUUGAGCAAGGCUGCUCCCUGAGUCCUUUAUUGUUUGCUUUAUUUUUAGACAACCUUCCCCAGGUUUUUUGGAAUAUGUUAUAAAAAUAGGAAGCACCAUCAUAAGCAUUUUACUUUACACAGAAGGUAUUGUAAUCAUUGUGGAAAGCGCUUACAUCCUGAAAAGAAAUAUUCAAUUAUUGAAAGCUUACUGUCCAUAAUGGAAACUAACUGUAAACCUCAAAAAGACAAAAAGAUUACUUUAUUUAACUUUUUAUUGAUUUUAACUAGUAUUUUUCAUUAAUAAUGAUAUAUUAUGUAUUAUUUUGUAAUAUAUAUAUGUAUAUGCAAUCCUUGUUUGAUGACAGAUUCUAAUGACCUUGAGGGUGGGAGAGGUGUUAGGCAGGGCUGUUCCCUAAGUCCUUUAUUGUUUGCUUUAUUUUUAAUGACAUUCCCCAGGUUUUGGAAUUCGAUAUAAAAAUGAGAAGCACCAUCAUAAAAAUGUUACUUUGCAUAAAAGAUAUUGUAAUCCUGAAAAGAAAUAUUCAAUUAUUGGAAGCUUGCUGUCAGUAGUGGAACCUGACUG